AUGUACGCGCAGGGUCCUCGCGCCACAGCGCGUGAGUGCGGCCCACAAGCGUCUGACGUCAAGAAUCAACUCCUCCGCCCGAGUCAGGGUGACGCCCUUCGCACGCAACAGGCCUUUCAAGAUCGCGGCGCAUGUCCGCAGUUGGUCACUUCGUCACUGAGUGCCUGCACAGCAACGUUGUGCACCAAGGUGCAGCUCGGCGCUGUCGGGCGUCGGCAUCACACGACCAGGUCACAUCGUCAGCUGCUUAAAGCUCCGAUCGCCGCGGAUCAGGCGGGCCCACAAGCCGAGCCUGACUCGAGGUUUCUCUUCCAGCACCUUGCGGACAAGCUGUCGAGGCUCAUGGGCGGGGGACAGAGCAAGCCACCUCGGCGCUCUUUGACGCUCGCUGAUGUCCUACACUUCGCUCCGGAGAUCCUGGAACGGGUCGGUCUCGGAGACUUGCUGAGCUUGCUGAACUCUUCGCGGGACGUACGCUGCGCGGUGUUGCGACGCAUGGCUGCCGUGUGGACCGCUGGAAAAAGCAUGCUUCGAGACGUGGCCGAUGACGCGGAGGAGAUUGGGGACGCGACGAUGUCGUUGAACUUCGAUGGUAUCUGGGUGCCAGCCAAUCAGGCGGCCACGCUGCUGGCCUCCCUCCAGAGCUGCCGGCUGGAGACGCUGCGGCGCGACGACGACCCUGCAGCGCAUGUGCGGGCCAUCAGCAUCGUCCUGGAACAGUCGCUGCAGGGCGGGAAGCACCAACAACUUUCGUUGAGGGGGUUGUCGCUUGCAGCCCCGCUCCCAGGGGUCCAUCUCAGCUCAGAUGCACAGCGCUUGGGUCCAGAGCUCGAGAGACUUCGGAAGGUGAUCCACGAGCUGCGCUGCACACCCGGGCGCCAGGGCGGCGGCAGGUCCAGCUCUCGACCACUCCAUGUGGGCUUCUCGGCCAACUCGUGCAGCGUGGGCACGUACGUCGGGCCGGACCGCUUUCUUGUCCGCGAGCUCAACGGAUCGAUCAGCGUUUUCGACCUCCCGGGCGUCCUUCAGGCGCACCACGUCGACCUCGAACACGUGACAAUCAAGGGCAACGCCAACCCGUACCACAACUUCCCGGAGCCAGUGCCGAUGUCGGCUGUAUCGCAGCACUGCCAGCUGUGGGACGCGGUGCGAGAUGCUGCCAAGCUACGUGUCUUGCGGCUCGAGCUGUCCGGCAUGAGCCCCAACCUCGUCCUCGAGGCGCAAGUCUACGCGAGCUUCGUGGCUGCGCUCCGCGAGGGGAUCUCACGGCUCCGCGUGCUCGAACUCGGCAACAACAUGGUCUCCGGUGCGGCCGUCCCAGAGAUUGCGCGCGCCGUGUCGACGAGCAAGACGCUGGAGGAGCUGAAGCUCAGGUCGUGUGGCAUCGAACAGGAGGGCGUUCACGUGCUGGCGACGACGCUGGCCGACGGGGGCGGCGGUGUUCUGCGGAUUCUGGACCUUGGGAACACGAAGAUCAAGUGUCCCGACUGCUACGCAAACGCUGCGACGACCGCCACAGCUGCGCUGGCGCGCCUCGUGUGUUGUGGGCGGCUGGAGGAGUUGUACCUGGCGCGAGUGCAGCUCCUGGACGUCGAUGCGGCAUCCUUGGCCACGGCGAUCGAGGCCGCGAGCUCGAAGCUGCGCAUCCUGGACGUCACAGACAACAGGAUCGGAGAUGUGGGCAUUGCAGCUCUCGGCACCGCCAUGGGGACCAGCAGGACGCUCGAGGUGCUGAAGCUCGACUGCAACUACAUCGGCGACGACGGUCUCCGGGCCUGUGGGCAGGGUCUGAAGUCGAGCACGACCAUCAAAGAGCUCGGGCUGAACCGACCUCUCUUGAUGUUUGCAUCAACAUCGACGCCCGCGAUCGGCGCGGCUCGGUCUCUCGGCGAGGGUCUGAGACACACCCGAUCGCUGCAGGUGCUGCGUCUCGACUGGUACAACACCUUCGGGCUGGCGGAGCACAUGGAGAUCCUUGGUGGGCUUGCAGCGAACACAUCGGUGCGCGAGCUCUCCCUGCUUUGCGCUCAGGUCGACGACGGUUUCCUCGGCGAGGUCGCCGGCAUGCUGCGGCGCAACAGGUCGCUGCGGAGCCUCAACCUCAACAGCGCUCACUUCACGAAAGAGGGACUCACCACGAUCGGCAUCGCGUUGCGGGGCGGCAACAUGACGCUGGAGCACCUCAGCGAGCAGCACCGCGACGCAAAGGGCUCGUGCAGGUUCAGGCGCGACGCUAUCAAAGCGGCCGAUGAAGCCCUGAGGAGCAGCGAGGUCCGUCGGACGUCACGACGCAACCUCGCGAACACGUGCGUCGCAGCUUUGGCCCUCUCACUGGCCAAAGCGCUGGCCAGCGAGUCGUGA